UUAAAGAGCUCCGUAUUUUCAAUCAUCUUAAAAUUAAAAAAAAAGUAAUUUUAUACUAUUAUUUUAGUAGAUUUAGUGUUAAGUGUGAUAAAUGUGAUAAAUAGUACCCACCAGACAGUACUUAUUCUCCUAGUGAAAGUCAAUUAAGUUCACUUCUUUAAUAUCCCUUUGUUCCGAUCACUACGUAUCACCAGUCAUCAUGGAUGCAUUAAAAGACUCGCUCAACGCCAUGGCUGAAAUGUUCGAACAGAAGAUGAGCGAGUUCCAGCAGGGCCUAGAUAAUGGACCCAUUACAAACACAUCCCUGGCUGCAGAGUUUAACAGCUUCAGGACCUUUGUGCUCUCUGCCAUGAAUACUUUGCAGAGACAGGUGGAGUUCCUUGGUAUAGAGGUUGAUCGUCUGGAGAUGCGUAGAAGGCGCAAAAUGCUACUAGUGCACGGAGUCAGCGAAGAUAAGUCGGAAGAUGUUACUUCACGUGUUUGUAAAGUAGUAGGGGAACAUCUUGGUGUGACUGGAUUCUCUGUUGCUUCCAUCAAGUCAUCCCAUCGCUUAGGACGUCCUUCCGAAAAGAAACCUCGUCCUAUAGUGGUAAAGUUUGCGGAUGUAGCAUUGCGGGAUAAGGUUUGGUUCUCCAAAACUGGAUUUAAGGGCAGCGGUUUAACUGUGUCAGAGUUUUUAACAAAGAGUCGUCAUAACUUAUUUAUGGAGGCAAGGCAGAGAUUCGGCAUAAACAAGUGCUGGACAAGGGAUGGAUGCAUACAUAUUAUAGGCCCAGAUGGUUCACAUCACCGAGCUGAGUGGAAAGCUGACCUACACAGCAUACCACAGACAUCUAAACAGACAUCUAAGCCUCUGACUCAGGGUACUGCCAGUCUCACCUCCAGGUCCAAAAGAACGGUCAAAAAUAAGUAAUAGGUAUCAUUAAUCUGUAAGUAUUUUAAGGUAAUGUAACCUUUAAAUAACUUGUACAAUUCAUAGGUUUAGUUAACUGUAAGCUUUUUGUAACUUCUAAUUACCCAUGUCACUACCACAAAGCCUAAGCUAUCCUAGUAUGAAUCUUUAUGUUAUGUAUAUGAAUUAAACCUUUUUUUAUUUAGUAUUUAUAACUUAUUACAAAAUUUCAUAACCAUCCUGUGUUGAUAAUUAAGAUAAUAUAUAAAGAAUGCAUAUACCUAACUUGUAAUGCACCACAUUGUAACAUUUGUGUUAUAGUUUAAUAGUUUGGUAACAAGCCUGCAGUAUUCAUUUACAUCCUGUUCUGUUUUUUAAUACCAAAAAUAAAAUGGAACAUCAUAUAACUAUUAAAUGCUAUUUAUUAAACAUUUUAAAUAAACAAUUUUCCAUAAAAUUUGAUAAUUUGAUAUUACUAAAUGCAGCUUAUAUUUCAAACAUUUUCAAUUGUUACAUAGUAUAAAUGUCAUACUACAUAAUUAUCAGAUUUAUAUUGCCUAUGCUAUUUCUUUCCUGUGUAUAAUAUAUUUAAUAAACUGUAGUUUUAGUGUAAUAAAUCAAAUUCCGUUGUUGAUACUAGGAAAUGAAAACUGUAGUUGUUACAUAAUAGGUACCUAUUAAAUUACCAUUGUUAUUUGUGUAGACUGUAGUGUCUUGUGUGACUGGCAGAUGUACGUGACAACUGUCAUCUAAUGACAGCUGUGACAUUUGACAUACCAGCCGCAGACUAAAUAACUGCUUUGGAUACAAGGCUUUUGGUCAUCACUGCGCUGGCAUUUAUAGAUUAUUAGAAUUAGAUUAUAGAAUUACAUGAUUAGUAAGCUAAGUUAUUGAAGCUGUAAGAUAGCGCCGCUUAUUAUUUUAUUAUUUAUUUUUUCUCACCCUUAAUAUGGGUCAAGGUAUUAAAAAUAUUAUGUUUUAAUUACUGCAUCAUGUUUUCACCGUAAAUAAAAUUUGUACAGCAUAAAAAUGGAGUACUCAGAUGGAGGCGCGCAAUCUUUAUUUCUUUUUUAUAAUAAUUUACGUGAAAAUUACAAGUCUAUCUCAAAACAGCUUCAUAGAUAUAGUUUAUAUUAUUUUUAUUCUUUUAAUUUGUAUAUGUACUUCAUUUUUAUUAUUGUAAUUUUUUGUCUUUAGUCACUUAGUUUUUAGUCCUCUAAGUUACCUAUUUAAAACCUACCUAUGUUUUUUGAGGGUUUUGAGAUAAAUAGUUUAUUUUUGCUAAAAGGAAAA